AGAGAAGAAGGUAUUAAUAUUAUUAUUAUUAUAUUAUUAUUAUCAUCAUCAUCAUUACACGAAUCUUUUUCACUUUUUCAUCCAUUUUUCUGCACACAUGUCGCCAAUUUCUUCAUUACAUUCUCUAAUCAAACGCAUUUCAACAUUCUCUGUGCAAUUAAUUUCACAUUUUCGCGUUUAUUCUCCGAUAAGAUAUGGAGGGAUCAGGACGCCAUGGGAGCAGCGUGGACAUGUUUUUACGGAACUACAAGCUUGGGAAAACACUUGGUAUCGGUUCGUUUGGAAAGGUGAAAAUUGCAGAGCAUGCUUUGACUGGUCACAAAGUUGCUAUAAAGAUCCUUAACCGUCGCAAGAUCAAAAACAUGGACAUGGAAGAAAAAGUCAGAAGAGAGAUCAAGAUAUUAAGAUUAUUUAUGCAUCCACAUAUUAUCCGGCUUUAUGAGGUUAUAGAGACACCAUCUGAUAUUUAUGUUGUAAUGGAAUAUGUCAAGUCCGGUGAGCUGUUUGAUUACAUUGUAGAGAAAGGCAGGUUGCAGGAGGACGAGGGUCGAAAUUUCUUUCAGCAGAUAAUUUCCGGUGUGGAGUACUGCCACAGGAACAUGGUGGUUCACAGAGAUCUCAAACCCGAGAACCUGCUGUUGGACUCCAAGUGCAAUGUCAAAAUUGCUGACUUCGGUCUAAGCAAUAUUAUGCGUGAUGGUCAUUUUCUGAAAACAAGUUGUGGGAGUCCAAACUAUGCUGCCCCAGAGGUUAUAUCUGGAAAGCUGUAUGCGGGUCCCGAAGUUGAUGUCUGGAGCUGCGGUGUUAUCUUGUAUGCUCUUCUCUGCGGCACCCUUCCUUUUGAUGAUGAGAAUAUUCCUAACCUCUUCAAGAAAAUUAAGGGUGGAAUAUACACACUUCCGAGCCACUUAUCACCUGGAGCAAGAGACCUAAUCCCGAGAAUGCUUGUGGUUGACCCCAUGAAACGAAUAACCAUCCCUGAAAUCCGUAUACACCCUUGGUUUCAGGCGCAUCUUCCCCGCUAUUUGGCUGUUCCUCCACCAGAUUCUAUGCAGCAAGCAAAAAAGACCGAUGAAGAUAUUCUUCUAGAGGUGGUUAAAAUGGGGUUUGACAGGGACACCCUCGUUGAGUCGCUUCACAACCGCGUGCAAAAUGAGGGUACUGUGGCGUAUUACUUGCUAUUGGACAACAGGUUUCGUAACUCAAGCGGCUAUCUGGGAGCUGAAUUCCAGAAACCUAUGGAUGGAUUCAACCGAAAUGAGGCUGCUGCUUCAAUGAUGCCGCAGCGCUCAAGCGCGUAUAUGGAUUAUCAAGGAAUAAAUAUCAGAAGCCAAGUUGAGAGGAAAUGGGCUCUUGGGCUUCAGUCUAGAGCACAUCCGCGUGAGAUAAUGACCGAGGUUCUUAAAGCUUUGCAAGAACUGAAUGUGUGCUGGAAAAAGAUUGGCCACUACAACAUGAAAUGCAGGUGGGUCUCUGGCAACAACUCUAUGCAAAGUAAUCAUUACUUUGGAGAUGAGUUGACCAUUGAGGAGACCAAUGGUCCUUUGACCUCCCCCAAUGUGGUCAAAUUUGAAGUCCAGCUGUACAAAACCCGUGAGGACAAGUAUCUGCUUGAUCUACAGAGGAUCCAGGGACCUCAAUUUCUGUUUCUUGAUCUUUGUGCGGCAUUUCUUGCUCAGCUUCGCGUUCUCUAAAUAAAUGAUAAUAUAGGCUUCUAAUAUGAUGGGCUUUCUCCCUGAAUCCGCUAUGGACUGCUUGUGAUGAAAAGCUAGGCUGUUGUAUAUACAAGUUCUUGUUUCAGUUAUUAGAGUACUAUGAACGAGCAUCAUCUUCUCGGUUUCCAUUCGUAGGCGGCUGUUGUGAGCCAAUCUUUUUGCCGACUCACUGAUGAGUCUGGGCCCCGCCUGACUUUUCUGAAAUAGCUACCUUACUUUGUGACUUUUAUAUGUUAUUAUUAUCAUGGAUGAUGAUGAUGAUGUUGUCUAUGUACAAUGAUGCAAUAGUUGUAUGUGAGCUCUUUUGCUCUUGAUGUGAAAAUGUGGAUGGUUUAGACUUAUGAAGCUUAUUAAUGUUGUUUCAUACU